AUGCGGCUUCCAGCUCAGCCAGGCAGCCUCACAGCCCCAGCCAGGAUGCAGCUGCUGCCAGCCCCUCACCUGGGCAUCCCCUUUGACCCCGAGGAGAAGUGGACAACCAGGAUCCUCGCCAGGAGAUUUCCACUGUUCAACAGCACCCCUUCCUAUCCUCCCACAUUCAUCCUGCUGGGAGUCCCUGGGCUGCAAUCUGUACACUCCUGGCUCUCCAUCCCUUUCUGUGCUGGGUACCUCAUUGCACUCCUGGGGAAUUUCACCAUCCUCUUCAUCGUGAAGACAGAGGCCAGCCUCCACCAGCCCAUGUUCUAUUUCCUCUCUGUGCUCUCGAUCAUCGAUCUGGGCCUGUCCACCUCCACCCUGCCCAAGAUGCUGGCCAUCUUCUGGUUUGGCCUGGGGGAGAUCAGCUUUGGGGCCUGCCUGACCCAGAUGUUCUUCAUCCACUCCUUCACGGGCAUGGAAUCGGUUGUGCUGGUAGCCAUGGCCUUUGACAGAUAUGUUGCCAUCUGUCACCCCCUGAGAUACACCACAAUCUUAACGAAGAGCCGUAUAGCCUGGAUGUGUGCUACAGUUGUGCUGAGAACGUUCAUCCUUGUUUUUCCCAUUGCUUUGCUGACCCUGCGCUUGCCUUUCUGCAGUGGCAGGAUCAAUAUUGGCCACACUUACUGUGAGCACAUGGGCAUCGCCAAGCUCUCCUGUGCCGACAUCAGGAUCAAUAUGGUCUAUGGCUUGUUUACUAUCUCUUUCCUUUUUUUGGAUGUGGUCUUGAUCCUUUUGUCCUAUGUGCAAAUCCUUCGCACUGUUUUCCGGCUGCCCUCCAAGGAGGCCCGGCUGAAAUCCCUGGGCACCUGUGGCUCCCACGUGGCUGUGAUUUUUGUGUUCUACACACCAGCGUUCUUCUCCUUCCUCACCCACCGCUUUGGCCGAAACAUCCCCCGUUAUGCCCACAUCCUCAUCGCCAAUCUCUACGUGAUUCUUCCCCCAGUGCUCAACCCGAUCAUUUAUGGGGUGAGGACGAGAGAGAUCCGCAGGAGAAUAGCCGAAGCUCUGUGGCACAAGGGGCACGUUUUUUUAAGGUUAUCCUGA